CGUGAACUCUCGCGGUGUUUUGCUCCGCGAUCCCGCUCCAUCUCCCGGAGGGGGGAAAAAAACAGCGGCGCUCUCUCUUCACUCGGAGCGCCGACAGGGCAGCAGGCUCGGCGGGAGCGACGGGAAGCAAAGGAGAGGCGGGGAGAGGAGCGCAGCAUAGGCCCCUGAGUGUCCAGGCUUACUGUACAGCCAUGACGUUUGGCCUGAUCCCAGCAGGGUCUGCUGAAGCCGGCGUGUCCGUAAACACGGAGCCCGUGUUUUCUUUCUAAGCCCCGCCGACCCAAACUUCCUGUCCCCGGUGGAUGCGUAGGAAACGAGCCAGGUAUCUGUUAGAAACCGCCGCCAUGGCAACGCCGUGGAGACACCCUGCAAAAUCCUAGGUCUGUUGCUAUGGUGACUCGGUAGCGAGCGGCCGUCGCCAUGGGAACGUCCAGGAUGUUCCGCAUCUUCGUGGUCCUGGGCUCGGCGUUCAUGAUCCUCCUCAUCAUCAUCUACUGGGACGACGUGGGGGCCUCCCACCUCUACCUGCACGCCCCCGUGUCCCCGGGCCCCAGGGUCCCUCGCCCGCCCCCCCAGCCCAAGCCCCGCGCCACCCGGACCCCGUCCUUCCUGAACGACAUCGACGCCUUCGUCAACCAGUUCCUGGAGCCGGGGACCGGCGAGCCCACCGACACGGUGCCGGUGGACUCCGGCAACCAGUCGGAGAAGUCGGAGGAGCGCUACGUCCCCCGGAGGGAGUGGAAGAUCCACCUGACUCCGGUGGCGGCUGAGCUCCGAGAGAGACAGGAAAAGAGGCGGCGGUUGCUCCAGGAGGUUUGCGCCAACGACAGCGUGGCGUUUCCGGGCAAGAACCGUUCAUUUGACGACAUCCCCAACAAAGAGUUGGACCACCUCAUCGUGGAUGACAGGCACGGCAUCAUCUACUGCUACGUUCCCAAGGUAGCGUGCAGCAACUGGAAGCGCAUCAUGAUCGUCCUCAGCGAGAGCCUGCAGCAGGAGGGCGCGCCCCAGAGAGACCCUCUGGCCAUCCCCAGGGACCUGGUCCACAACAGCAGCAUGCACUUUACCUUUAACAAGUUCUGGAAGCGCUACGGCAAGUUUGCAAGGCACCUGAUGAAGGUGAAGCUGAAGAAGUACACAAAGUUCCUGUUCGUGCGGGACCCGUUCGUGCGUCUCAUCUCUGCCUACAGGAACAAAUUCGAGAUGCGCAACGAGGACUUCUACCGGCGCUUCGCACAAGUCAUGCUGCGGCGCUACGCCAACCAGCCGACGCCUCCCGCCUCCGUGGACGAGGCGUUCGCUCUGGGCGUCCAGCCGUCCUUCUCCCACUUCACCCAGUACCUCCUGGACCCUCAGACCGAGAGGGACGCGCCCUUCAACGAGCACUGGCGGCAAGUGUAUCGCCUCUGCCACCCGUGCCAGAUCCAGUACGACUUCGUGGGCCACCUGGAAACGGCGGAGGAGGACGCCGAGCACCUGCUGCGCCUGCUGCGGGUGGACAACGUGGUGGACUUCCCCGGCUCGCAAAGGAACCUGACGGCGAGUAGCUGGGAGACGGACUGGUUCGGCGCCGUGCCUGUGGAGGCACGCCGGCAACUCUACAAGCUCUACGAGCCCGACUUCAGGCUCUUUGGUUACGACAGGCCCGAGUCCAUCCUCAACGAGUGAUUCCCACAGAGCUAAUGCGCACACAGGCCAAAUGCAGCUUUGAGUGACGGAGGGACGCCACCCCCCCCCCGACAGCAGCGAGAAAGGCCUCCGGGUGCUUCCCACACAUCUUCUCACUAAUCCUGCACAUGGUUAUGAAACUGCGUCACAACGGUCUUCACUCUUUUCCCUCGUAAAGGCCACAAAAACGGACAAAAGAAGCAUGCGGUUAGAUUGAGGUGUGCGUCCUCCCCUCCUGAAGGAUUGUUGACCUCCGUGUUUUUACGUGAUGCCAUCGGUGCCCACAGCUGUGACUGAAACAACAUACUUUGGUAGCACUCCGUCUGAAGAAACGAUGCACAGAGGCCAUUUUGGAUGUGAUUGCACGCUUCGGAAUUUUUUUUUAUUUUUUUCGUGUGUGUUACUGGAUCAGUUUUAAUUAUUGCUGCACUAUCAGUGGUUACCUGGUUUAUUUCACAUUGUUUAAGUGCAAUACUUCAAAGCACGAAGGGACCUUUAUGUUGAAACGGACCCAUAGAGGCUGAGAGCAGCGUAGACGCGUCGCGUUUUUACCUCAUCAAGCAGACGUGCAGGGCGUGUUUUCUCACGCAGCCAAUGGGGCUGAUUACUUCAGAUCGGCUCUAGGGUCAGCGGCUCACGUUUGGCCAGUCUGAAAGCCAAAAGCCACGAUGUAGCCUCAGCAGGCAGCACACCAGCCGGGGAUCUGGGUCUGUCCCGGCUUGUUUUACAGACAUUAAACUGGACUUUUAGCAUUCUUAGUCACUAGCGCACAGAUGUGCCUCUGCUUGUUUUACAAAAGAGGGAAUUUCAGAGGGAAAUCUCUGUUGCUUCUUGUUCUUGCCGUCAGUAUUUGAUCUUCUGUGUCUUUAUUUUUUACACGCCUUUGAUUUUGAACGGCCCUGGGUCACCUCGCCCCUCCAUCGUUUUGUGCCGUGUUAUACAUGAUAUGAAACUACUUAGAGCCUUGCAUAAAACCUACUUUAAAGGGAUAUUGUUAAAGAUUUUAUGCUACACCCUAUUUCCAUCGAUCGUGGUGUUAGUUUCCAGUUCAGAAGAGCUCAUGAGGCCUGAUUGAAUCAAAUGGACUUUGAGCGCCCCCUGCUGGUAGGUAUGAUUUAUUGGUAAACGCGCUAGGAGUUGAAUGUAGAUUGUACAAAAGCACAUGAAAAACAGGUGAUAACAGCAUCUGCUUGGUUUAAUCAAACAAGAAGAAGCUAUUUAUUUGCAAAUAACAUAGCAUAUUUAUUAUGACACUAACAAUAAUGCCUAUAAUGUAGAUUUAGGCAAAAAAAAAAAAAAAAAAAGAUGUAGCAGAAGAAAAAAAAAUCCAAUAUUUAGCAGUAUUUUUCUUAUAUAAAUGUUUACCAAUUCCAGCCAAUAGUUUUAAAACAACGCCACCGCUAGUUUCACGCCGUGGCUGCGUCUACUUGUAAACGCCGGCAUUCCUCGACACUGAGAGGUGGCACAUGCCGUGUAAAUGAUUGAGUAUAUGCAAAAGCAGGUACGAAAACCUCUGAGAUCUCUUUAAAAGGACUUUAACUCAGAGGAAUACGUUGAAGCUGCAACUUUCAUACGAAAAAAUGCAGUGCAUUGUCUUUGUAGCAUUACUUUGAGCUUUGAGGAAGGCUUUGUCACAAUACGCCUGCACAUCCGUACGCUGGCGCAAAAUGAAGACCCUUCAGCUUUAGUUGGCGAGAGUGUCUAAUCAUAGAGGCUGGAGCUGGGGUCCAGAUCACACCAUGGGUCCGGGUGGUCCGGGUUAGGGGAUGGAAGUGUGAGGAAGAAGACAGUGCCUUUGGUUGCUAAAGUUUACACAGCAAAAAAAAAAAAAAAAAGAAGUAUUUUUGUAGGACUUCCUUUUUACUAAAAUCACUGAUUCACAAAAAGGAAUAUUUGAUAUGCUGGAGCGCGUUGAUCUCUCAACUUCAUUUAGGGACCAAAAGAAGAACAAAUCUUUUUGGCUUAGCCGUCAAUGUGGGAACUUGACUUGGUUUCUCCUGCGUUGUGCUCCUGUUUCUCCUGUUUCUCGUUGUUUCUCCUGUUCUCAGCGCGUCAGCCUCCAUCCUGGGUCCGGCCGUUGUUGGGACCCGGCACCGACGCGUUGCUGUUUCUCCUUUAUGUGUGCUUUGUUUUUAAAUCUGGGCUCAUUAUGCAGAGCCGUUUCUGGGAGAGAGAGAGAAAAAAAACGCGUGUUUUGUCUUCAUCGUGUGGUGUUAUGCCGUCGGUGUGGAUGUAUUCCACCUCCGCUGUGUUUGUACUGUAAGUCCUGUCGUGUCGCCAUACCCUUCUUGAUUUGUGUUCUUUGUUGCUGUUUGCUACUUAAGAUUACGACUUGCUUUUUUUCUCUCAAUGUGCAAGCAAACAAAAAAAAAAAAAACAACAACUAUUGAAGCAGAAAUGUUUGCAGGUCAAAAAAGAAACCAUUUGAUUUUGGUUCAAAUAAAACAAGUAAAUAU